AUGAUCGAGUACAGCGAGAACUGGCUCAUCCUCACGAUCUUCCGAAGAAAAGGCUCAGUCGCUCCUCGAGCAUGUUGGUUCGCCAUCCCCACCGGCGUGGUCGCCUUCUUCUUGGCCUUUGCGGACGAAUGGGUCGGUCCAGACUUCCGAAGGGACUUUGGCCUACUAGAGGCCCAGCAAAGCCAGCUCUGGCAAGCCGCAACGGGGGUGCUCUUCGCACUCUUGAUCUUCCGGAUCAACAGGGCGAUGGCACGCUUCUGGGAGGGAACCGGUCUCCUUCAUCAGAUGCGUGGUGAGUGGUUCGACUCGGUGAGUUGCUGUGUCACCUUCAGUCGUGCAGGCAUGAAGGACAAGGCCGAUGCGACUUUAGCUUUCCGCCACACGAUCGUGCGCCUGAUGAGCCUAUGCCACGGCACAGCUCUCAAAGAGAUCGGUGGGGAGGAUGCGACGGACUGUGUGACCAUCGACCCGGCUGGGCUGGACACGGGCACGCUCCUGCAUCUGCAGGCGUGCACGGAUAGCUACGGCUUCAACCGGGUGGAAGUGCUCUUGCACCUUAUCCAAUCGCUGAUCACGCAGAGCCUCGAUGAUGGUAUCAUCCGCGUCCCGGCGCCCAUCAUUUCGCGAGUCUACCAGACGCUUUCCCGAGGUUUCGUGAACCUCCUGAACGCCAAGAAGAUUGCUGAUACUCGUUUCCCAUUCCCCUUUGCGCAGCUGAUCUCGCUGCUGCUCUUCGUCAACAUCGUGGUGACACCGAUCCUAAUUACCAGCAUCUUCACACAGCCUGUUUGGUGCGUGGUCUUCUCGGUGAUCCCAAUUUUUGGUAUGUCUUGCUUGAACUUUAUCGGUGUGGAGCUCGAGAAUCCUUUUGGGCAGGAUGACAACGACUUGCCUUUGGACCAUUUCCAGGGUGAGAUGAACAACUGUCUUCUGAUGCUCCUCCACAGCUCAGCCGACCUUCUACCCGACGUAGACAUCACGCGCUGCCUGACGGACGUGGAUGAGAUUCGAGACGUCAUGUCUGGAAUGGAGGUUCGGAAGCAGGCUUCCGAACGGCCGGAGAUGAUCCACGUGCCCUCGUCGGCGAAGGCUGGGCGGAAAACCCUCGCCACCUCCUCCACUGUGGAGUCGCUCGAUUUGAUCGCACCGAUAGAAGCCUCCACAACGAUACAGUCGACGAUACAGGCGACGAUACAGGAGUCGGCUCUUUUGAAUGCUUUGCCGCCCCCCGGCACUGAACUCAAGGUGCGAGCGCCGUCCCAAGACGAACGGCCUUUCGAGAAGAGUGAGGAGAAGCCCAAGGGCGAAGACAAGCUGAAGACGGAAGAGCAGCUGCAGACCGAAGCGAUGCUCCGGGGGAUGGAGAGGAUGGUUGCCAACCUGCAGAGCAUCAAGUCGGCGGUCGAGGAGCAAGCGAAGAAGGUCAGCGAAAGCACCAAGGCGAUGACGGAGUUCUGCGUUCAUCUUGACAGCGUGCUCCUCAGCGGCAAAAAAGCCGGGCUCGGAGGUGAACGCGUCACCCGGUCGGGGCCCGUUCCCGUGCGCCGGCGGGGCGGCUCCUGGGAAUGUUCGCUGAUGAAGUGCAUGUGA